AUGGAAAAUGCACUAAGAGCUUGUUGUAAGGGAAUCAAAAUUGGUAAAAUCCUCAUCCAUGGAGAGGGCAACAAUGGCCGGCAGUUGAUCUAUGAGAAGCUCCCAGCCGAUAUUGCUAGUCGCCAUGUGUUGUUGCUUGACCCAGUUCUAGCAUCAGGAAACUCUGCGGUUAAAGCUAUUUCUCUGCUGCUCAGCAAGGGUGUACCAGAAUCGAAUAUCAUCUUCCUUAAUCUAAUAGCAGUAAGUCAUUCUAGUUUAUACUCUGUCGCAGAGGUAUCAUUCUUGUCCUGCUUAUGGAAUUCUUCUUUCGAGAUACAGGCUCCUGAAGGGAUACAUGCCGUUUGUAAAAUGUUCCCAAGGUUAAAGAUUGUGACAUCGGAGAUUGAUGUGUCACUAAACAAGGAUCUACGUGUGCUCCCAGGCAUGGGGGAGUUUGGAGACCGCUAUUUUGGUACUGAUAAUGGUUGUGCUACCUUGAAGCACCAACCUAAGGACACCUGAAAGAAUGGUAUUCUAUAUUUCCUUAUUUUCAAGAGUCAGGAGGGAUACCCAAAAUGUAUCUAUCCAUGGAGAAACAUUUUGUAGUCCGGCCGAGUUUUUCACCAAUAUUAAGCAUGAAAUAAUCGAUGACCCAUUAUAGUUAAGAUAGCUAAUGAUUCGACUGGUCCAUGGUUUUUGAGCCCUAGCCCUGUAAGCCCACACCUGUGUAGAGUAGAUCGUUCAACACCUGUAACACAAACCCAUUUUGAC